CACGAGGAGCGCGCAGAGCAGGAGCGCGCGCGGAGGCGGUCCGGGGCUGCCUCGGUUUUCUGUAAUCGCGGUUCUGCUGCUGCUACCUCCAGUUAAAUAGCAAGGACACGGGAGCGAGCAGACGGCCGUGUGAGGGUUUACUUUUUUCUCGGUACCUUGGGAUUACCACACCGAAUUGCAGCAUCGACGGCCAGCCGCCAGGGCCCACGAUGUCCAGCGAAGUUCAGAGACCGGACGACAGCCCCAGCACAAGCGGGGGAAGCUCAGAUAUUGAACAAAGAGAAGCGGUACCACCUGAACAGGAGCGGGAGCAAGCACAGCCCAAAAAGAAGGAGACCAAGAUCUCCAGUAAAACCGCUGCUAAACUUUCAACUAGUGCCAAGAGGAUUCAGAAAGAGCUCGCAGAAAUAACACUAGACCCACCUCCAAACUGCAGCGCCGGCCCCAAGGGGGACAACAUCUACGAGUGGAGGUCGACCAUCCUGGGUCCUCCGGGUUCCGUCUACGAGGGAGGAGUCUUCUUCCUGGACAUCGCUUUCACACCUGACUACCCAUUCAAACCCCCCAAGGUGACGUUCCGUACGAGGAUCUAUCACUGCAACAUCAACAGUCAGGGGGUGAUCUGUCUGGACAUCCUGAAGGACAACUGGAGCCCCGCCCUCACCAUCUCCAAGGUGCUGCUGUCCAUCUGCUCCCUGCUCACAGACUGUAACCCAGCCGAUCCACUGGUGGGAAGCAUCGCCACACAGUACCUGACCAACAGAACAGAACAUGACAGAAUAGCUAAACAAUGGACGAAGAGAUACGCCACAUAGACUCCCUGCUGCAGCAGACGCCCCCCCACCCCCACCACUGAACCUCUCUCUACCUCCACCCUUAGUAUGUCAAAGCACAUUCACUAAGUGCAACGGUAAACCUUUCCUUCUGUUCCCCCCCCCCCCCCCCCCCCCCAAUCUACCAUUUCUGUGCAAAAGCAAAAAAAAUUUAAAAACAGAAAAAAAUUGUCCUUUGUUCCUUGUUGACUUGAAAGCUUCUUUUUUAUACAAAGAGUAGAUCUGGAUUUUUAUGUUCCAAUAUCUGAAUGUUGGAAUUAUCGCAUUGGAGAAAACAGAAUAUUAUUAUUAUCACACACGUCGUUGUCCUCCAGCUCUACGGGAUGUUCUUCUUAGUGGCACCUGGAACAAACAUGCAGACUCCGCUCCACUUCCUUUCUCCUUGUUUUCGUGUCCGUCAUUGGUUUAUCUGCAUGGAAAAGGAAGUUUGCAUCCAUGAAUUCUUCUUGCUUUUUAGCCUCUUCUGAUUUUGUUUGUACUGUAUGUUUGUUGUUGUUGUUUUUUUAAGGCUUUUGAGGCAGACCACAAAAGUAUAGGUCUGCCCGUGAAAGAGGCAGGACUUGUAUAUUUACUGGCUACCCGCCACCUCUGCCGCUGCAGGGUGGUUUGUUGUGCACUUGUAUAUCUGAAGCACCCAAUAAAACACACCGUGGUCAGCUUGUGAGAAGAAAA